AGUACUUCUCAAUUCUCAUCUUCUGCAUUUUUCCCCUCCCUAUGUUCUAACUUCCAAGUGCCAAGUCCCCAACUGGGCACUAAAGGAAGAGAAGAAGAUGGAGUCGUCUGAGACGUUGAUAGGAGCAGCGCAAGACGCGAAGAAGAGAUGUGAAGCGCUAAAAGAUCGUAUUGAAGGCUUAAGAACCCAAUCAUCAUCAUCACCAACGUCAAAUUGGAAAACCACCCUUCUCAGAUUAGUCCACUCCGAGCUCUCCUUCCUCAAUCGCUUUUUAAUCUCUGCUUCACUCAAUAACAAUCGCCAGUCAUCUCUUAGUGUUAAUGUUGGUCAUCUGGAAUCAGUUGUUCAUAUUCUUGAGCUGCCAUCUAUAAGUGGAAUAUCGCGUGUUUGCAUGUCGAUUCCUUUGGUGUCUUCACAAGAAAAGCUUAGGCCUAAUGCUGCAUCCUGUUUGAAAAGCAUCUAUGUUGAUAUUAUGUGUUGUCUUGAGGGAAGCCCAGUCUGGUUUAUUGUGUCAGAUAGGAAUCCCAAGUACAUUUCUUGGGAAUGGUCCUCUGGAAAUAAGGGUUUGAGGAACCGUGUUGAGGAGGUCCUUGAGGCAGCUCGAUCUUCUGAAACAUUAAGGCCAUCUUCUGUCAUUUUUUUCUUCUCAAAGGGGCUUGAGGAUGUUGUUUAUGAGAAGCUUCAACAUGAAUUUGGAGCGGCUGAUUUAAGGCUGACGUUUCCAUGUUUUGAUUGUUCGUUCUGCGAAGAAUCUGAGGAUGACUGGAUUAAUGUACUCUUGAGAUCAUAUGAAGAGGCUUGUGUCCUCAAAUUAGAAAUCAAAGACCAGUCAAAAUAUCAAAAUUUGACUUCAACCACAGGAUGUAUUAUCAGACAAACACUGAGAGAUCUUCCACUUCCAGAGGAGAAUAUCCAGGGGACCCCGACCUUGGGUGAAUCUUUAUGUUCUCUAAUUUCUGGAUUGAAGUGCUGCUUGCUAGAUGUGGAACUGAAUCUACUGAAGACCAUGUGUAAUGGUCAUAGUCUCCAAUUGGUUAAUUUUGACACAACUGCACUAAUUGCUAUUGUAUCUGGAAUCAGUAAUGGUGGUAUGAACAAGCUUUUGGCUACUUCAGAGAGUAAGCUGAGAAGCCAAUUCAAGUCUAACUAUGAAUUUGUGAUUGCCCAGGUUAACUCUGAAAUCCAGAAUCCAAUCCACAAAGAACUAUCUGCUAGCACAUCAGGAAAGGGAGGAAUAAUAUGUGAAAGUGUUCAUUCAGAAUUUCAGGAGUUAGUUUCCAUGUGUGGUGGACCAAAUGAGAAGAUAAGAGCCAAUUAUAUUCUGAAACACUUGAGGAUGGUGCCUGAUUGUCCAUCGAGUCGCUUGGCAAGCCUUCCAACUACCAGAAAGCUGGCAUUAAAAAAUAAAGUGGUUUUUGGCACCGGUGACUAUUGGCAUGCCCCAACUUUAAGUGCAAACAUGGCUUUUGUUAGAGCUGUUUCCCAGACAGGAAUGUCCUUAUUUACCAUACAACAUAGACCAAGGGCGCUGAUCGGUGACUAGUGUUGGUGUACGCUCCUGCAAAACCUCUCCUCUACGGGCUCAUUGACUGAAGGAAUGUAGCAAUGCUGCCUCAUUUGUACAGUGAAGUUCAAUGUGGAAGAACCUAGACUUAGUCCUGACUAGUGGCCAAAUAUUUUAGUAUUGAAUGGUCUUUAUGAGACUGCAUUGAAGCAUAAAUUUUGUGACUUUUUUUUUUCUUGGCUAAUAGUCGUUGGGUUUGGAGAAAAAAUUGCUGAGAAAGCCAAGGCCGUAGCUCCGGCCUCGAUGUUUCUUCUUCCAUUAAGUGGAAUGACGCUGAUAACUGUUCCAUUUUAUGUGGAACUUCCACUUCAUGAUAUAAUGCAGAAUGUUGAUCCAUAUUCUCCU